UGUUCCCCUGAUCAUAGUGUAACUUUUCACAGAAUUAGAACUAUCUGCUCAGUUACUUGUGCCUCCGAGAGGAAAGAACUGCUCGGCAUUCCUCUACGAGAAUUUUGCAAACCGUUUACAUAGUAUUUUGAACAAUUGUUUUCAAACAUAAGCCUCCAGCGUUUCGUUUUCAGUUGUUAAAAAAGGAAAUUGAAGAAGAAGAAGAAGAAUGUUGAUUCUGCUAUUACAGGCAAAAACAGUGUAAAAGCGAGAGAAGAAAGGGAAAGAUCGUGUUAAGUUAUCUAUUAUUUACUAUACUGACCUUCGUGAGGUUUUGUUGACAAUGUUUUAGUUACUAUUUUAGGCUUUUUCUGAACAAAAAAUUCUUUGCCGAAGGAUACGCAAUACUUUAUUCGCUCCAGGUGAGGGUCCUUUUACGUUAGGCCGCAAAUCGGAUACUGCUCAGAUCUUUUCUGACCAGAAAUUCAAAUAGAAAAUGGUUCUGACUAUUUUCGGUAUUCUGGUGAUUUUUCAAAUCGGUGGCGUCGUGGAAUGUCAUGGCGUCUCGGGCGAACUCUACUCUUCACUUUCUCAUAUGAAGGACCUUUUCAUCUUCAACAAGAAGAUUGGCGAGAUCUUAGACUUCUUACCACAACAUAUACCAGAGGUUACCAGAUACAAGGAGUCCUACAAUUCUUUUUUGGAAGAUGUCGAUGGCUUGGGCAAAGGGGAUCACCUCAGCACGGCCAUCACAGGGAAUCCCAUUCUCUUGUUUUCCCUCAUCAAGAGACUUGUGCUGUACUGGCCAGCCAUCAAGAGAGCAAUCACGCAUACCCAUUACUCAAAUCCAAACUGUACCGAUGCCUACGACAAUUGUGAAGUCUGGGCCAAGUGGUUGGAAUGCGCAAAUAAUCCGGAAUUUAUGCUCGCUUACUGUAAGGUCUCCUGCGGAUUAUGUCGAGGCUCAGUGGUGCAAGGACAACUGGCUACCCUAUUGGAACUGGAGGAAAAAACUCUUAUCCCUUGUGAAAACGAUCUUAAGGGAGCAGCCUUAGCUCUAGCUAGACUUCAGGAAGUUUAUCGGCUACCCAUUGAAGAAAUGGUCAUGGGAAAAAUUAAAAAUGUGCAGACUUCAGCUCGUCUGAACACUUACGACUGCAUUCGCAUUGCAAACGAGAGUUUCUAUGAGUCCAGAUAUGCCAAUUCCUAUCUUUGGUAUCGUCAAGCAGCGGCCAGUGCCAGCGAUCCAGAGCAGAAGAGUCUCAUCCGAUUGAAUCUUGGUCAAGUGAUCAUGGAGCACGAUGCAAACUUCCAGGAAAAUGUGCAUUAUUUCUUCCCUGCCCGAAUAUCAGAGAAAAACCUGCAAUAUACUUGGGAUUCGUCAUUCAAUCAGCUCUGCAGAGGAGAAAGCCUAGUGGACAGUGCCACUUUAGCCAAUCUGAAAUGUUAUGUAUCAGCCCGAGGAUCUCCUUAUCUAAUCCUGAGGCCCAUCAAGUAUGAACAUGUAUAUAACAAUCCUGAGAUGUACAUGUUCUAUGAUGUUAUUUCUAAUGAAGAAAUUCAAGCCAUCAAAGAUACCUGCAGCCAGUGA